GCGAUCCCCCGUGUAAGAGUGAGGUUGAGGAGGACAUUCCAGGAGAUGUCACCACAGAAAACCUGAAUACGAAUUCUGAUGGAAAGUUCAUGUUAUCACUGAAAAUUAAAGCAAAAGAUGAAGAUAUCAUGCAGCACUUUUCAGGAGAAAACCUAAUUUCCUUUAACUUACAUUCCGGACUUCAAAGUACAGAUCUGUCAUAUAAUUCCACUAAUUAUGACGAACCUUGUCCUGAUAAAUCACAUAUUGCUACCCCAAGUAGAGGUCAGAAAGAGGGUAACAGGUUUCACAAUAGUAAACUAUUCUCAAGGCUUUCAAUACAUAGUGGAAUUCACGCAGGGGAGAAACCAUGCUCCUGUUUAGAAUGUGGAAAAUGUUUUACCCAAAAAUCACAUCUUGUUAUACAUCAGAGAAAUCACACAGGAGAGAAGCCAUAUUCAUGUUCAGAAUGUGGGAAAUGUUUUACAUGUAAAUCAUCUCUUGUUAAACAUGGGAGAACUCACACAGGAGAAAAGCCAUAUUCAUGUUCAGAAUGUGGGAAAUGCUUUACAGGUCAAUCAAAUUUUGUUAAACAUGGCAGAAUACACACAGGAGACAAGCCACAUUCGUGUUCAGAAUGUGGGAAAAGUUUUACACAAAAAUCAACUCUUACUAUACAUAAAAGAAUUCACACAGGAGAGAAGCCAUAUUCAUGUUCAGAAUGUGGGAAAUGUUUUACACAAAAAUCAUAUCUUGUUACACAUGGGAGAAGUCACACAGGAGAGAAGCCAUAUCCAUGUUCAGAAUGUGGGAAAUGUUUUACACAAAAAUCAGGUCUUGUUAAACACGAGAGAAGUCACACAGGAGAGAAGCCGUAUUCAUGUUUAGAAUGUGGGAAAUGUUUUAUACAUAAAUCAGAUCUUGUUAAACAUGAGAGACGUCACAGAGGAAAGAAACCAUUUUGACAUAUUUUAUUGACCUCUCCAGUCAUUAUGAAAAAUACAGACAUUCCUCUGACCUGUUUAAGAAAGAUGGUUUUGUUAAUACUUACGUAGCUGCCGUGCUGUUUAUGCCACCAUUAGAGUUGAAUGAAUCGAAGCAUACAAAACAGAAUUCGAUCCGAAGUUUAGGAAAAACUUGAUUAGCCACAAAGCCAAAUUUCCUUGUACUCCGUGGAAACAAAUCAAUUUUUCCUAUUAUGGUGGCUGAAAAUAAAAAAAUUAUACUCACCUCAUCCACUUGAUCACAGAGAGGCCGUCCGCUCCGUCUUGAUUGAAGAACACGAGUUUACUGUCUGUGCAGUUCAAUCCAGAAUCUUUCUACCAAUUUGAUUCCUGUGAAUUACAAUAUUUCAUUUGCUGAUUACGCCCAAGUUCUUCUCAGUGAUGGCUCUGUAUCCUAGAUUUCUGUGUUUGUAAAAUUGUUGGAAAAAAAUCUAAUAAAACGUGUUAAAAAAGGGGUGGGGGGUUUCCUAAUAUCUUCCUAUGAUAGAAGUGAUAGAGAUAUGUGAAUUUUAUUCUAUAUUUUGUAUCUCUAGGACUGUAAUUAGUUAACUUUUUCUCCUCACAAGUGCCUCCCACUCCACCCUUUGCUUCAAGACUGGAGAAGAGAGAGGGGGAUGAGGGGGGCAAAGAGCUGUGCUGUGGGCAGUGUCUGUUUUCUCCUCUUUAUACAGGUGUUCCAAGGGAGAUGUAUAGACUGGAAAAAUGCAUAAGCCAAUCACGUAGCUUGAUGAUAUAUAUACAUAUUAUUCACUGCCUAUAGAGAGGCACCUCCUUGAAGUGUCACAUAUGACGUAUGCAGUAUUAUUGUUAGAAUAGACGCCAUUAUAAUAUGGCGGAUACUUAGGUGUUUACAUGAUGCUCACAUUCCAAAGUAGUGCACAGAUGCUAGAGUGUUAUCUCUUUUUCUCUUAUCUCUUUUUCCUUUUUGACCAAUAAAAUAAUGUUUGAGCCUCAGAGAGGACUGCCCUCUUCUGAAGAGGUAUAUACCGCUUACUUUUUGUAAUAAAGUUAGAGAUUGCUUUGACCAGC